CAACCCCAGAGAUUUAUCUUUGGAAAGGUAACCUAUCUUGUGAAUGGCAAGGCAGUAAAAGCUCCUAUUUGUAUCCUUGAGGCAGGGCGAGAGGGGACAAGGAAGGGAGAGAAGGAGGGAGAGAGAGAGAGAGAGGGAGGAAAAGAAAGAGAAAGCCACACUUGCAAGGCCCACGAUGCGAUCCCAUUGAUGUGCUUGAAGAAGCUGUGGGGCUGUAACUCAAGUCCAGUAACAUGCCAGACUUUGUGCACUAUUCUAGGCACCAGUUGCUGACACCGAGGGGGUGGGGGGGUCUCACAUAUGCGCCUUAACAAGGUCCACCCACAGGAACUUACAACCUCCAUGAGGAGAGUUCGCCCCGCUCCGCUCCAGUGCUGUGAAAUAGCUAUUGUCUAUUUAUAGACGGGUUUCUGAAGUGUCCACAACCACACAGGAGGCUCGCUCGGCAUUCUUUUGCCCUUUUUAAGGAUGUUUCUCAAAGGCAGUUUUGGCACUCAAGCGCGUGGAUAAAAUCUAGUGAGUGAGUGAGUUUUUCUCUUCUUCUGCUAAGUGGGGGAGGGGGUUAGAUGGGGAGCCUCCUGUCGUGACCUUGGGGACUUUGGAGAGGGUCGGGCUGAGAUUCCAGCAGGGACACAUGGUCCAGAGUGACAAGGCCAUCUGCAACAGCGCCAGAGCUUGGGAGGGGGGGUGGGUAGGGGGAGGGAGGGGGGAGGAGUGGGGUCCUGGUGGCAGGGCCACACAGCAUUCCCUCCGCUGCGGUGUGGAAGGAGGAGAUAUUCUGGGACGCCGUUGCCAGCACCUCCGAUCAGGACUUAUUCCUCUGACGCCGCUCCUCUCUGUGCCUGUGCCUCCCAGAGAGAGAGAGAGAGAGAGAGAGAGAGAGAGAGAGAGAGAGAGAGAGAGAGAGAGAUUCCUGCCGCUGGAGCUGUUGGGACUAUGGUGUACUGAUUAACCUCGGGAGCGGACGGGAACCACGGGUUCCGUCACGGUUCUCUACUCACAGCGGCCUGCUAGGCAAGAUUCUGCCUCCCGCCGUAGUUCCUCUGAGAACCUUGCCAAGGCCGAGGCAGAUGCAUGCCUUACUCAGACAGCUAUUAGACAUGGGCCAGGAGCAAGCCAAGCAGCAGAUCGAGAGAGGGCUGAAACUGUACCAGUCCAACCAGAGGGAGAAGGCCUUGCAAGUGUGGACGAAAGUCCUCGAGAAGAACACAGACCCCGGAGGGAAGUUUCGAGUUUUGGGCUGUUUGAUCACAGCACACUCAGAGAUGGGAAAGUACAAGGAGAUGCUUAAGUACGCUCUGGCCCAGAUCGACACCGCCAGAGACAUGGAGGACCCCGACUACCUGACAGAAGGGUACCUGAAUCUGGCUCGCAGCAACGAGAAGCUCUGUGAGUUCCAGAACACCAUCUCCUACUGCAAGACCUGCCUGAACAUGCAGGGCACCACGGUCAGCCUGCAGCUCAACGGCCAGGUGUGUCUCAGCAUGGGCAACGCUUACCUGGGCCUCAGCGUCUUCCAGAAGUCCCUGGAGAGCUAUGAGAAGGCCCUUCGGUACGCGCACAACAACGACGACAAGAUGCUGGAGUGCAGGGUCUGCUGCAGUCUGGGCAGCUUCUACGUGGUUCUCAAGGAUUACGAGAAGGCCCUUUUCUUCCCUUGCAAAGCAGCUGAGCUGGUGAACGACUACGGCAAGGGCUGGAGCCUGAAGUACCGGGCCAUGAGCCAGUACCACAUGUCUGUGGCGUACCGGAAACUGGACCGCCUGCCCGAUGCCAUGGAAUGCUGUGAGGAGUCGAUGAAGAUCGCCCUUCAGCACGGGGAUCGACCGCUGCAGGCUCUGUGUUUGCUGAACUUCGCUGAUAUCCACCGCUGCAGGAAGGACGUGGAUAGGGCGUUGCCUAGAUACGAGUCGUCCAUGUGCAUCAUGAUAGAGAUAGGUAACCGACUGGGACAAGCCUCCAUCUACCUCAACGUGGCCAAGUGCUGGGAGCUGCAGAAGGAGCUGGACAAGGCUCUGGACUCUUUGCGGAGAGCAGAGGAUCUGUCAGAAUCAAUGGGAAAUAAGCUGAUCGCGCUGAAGACGCAUUCGGUGCGUGAGGGGAUCUUUCGGAGCCGGGAGCAGCAGACCGAGCUGCGGGAGCAGGUGGUGAAGUUCCUGCAGUGCGUGGAAGAGCUGGAGCUCUACUGCGGGAUGUGUGGAGAGUCCAUCGGGGAGAAGAACCAACAGCUGCAGUCCCUGCCCUGCUCCCACAUCUACCACCUCAGGUGCAUAGAGUCAAACGGAACUAAAGGUUGCCCACGGUGUCGCAGUUCGUCCUUGAAGCCUGGCUUUGUCUGAGGACACGUAGGGAGUCCUGUCUUGGAGUGAGAGACAUAUGGGGACUUCCUCUCUCCAGAAAUGACUCCAGAUCAGCCUUCAGGAGAGACUUCACAGAGGGAUGUUGUCAUACUUUUCCUCCACGGACACCACAACAAUCAGGAAUUUCUGUGGAUUCUGUGAUUGAACUCCUUCAACUAACAUUGUUUACUUGAUGUUCAACCCACAAACACACACAACGCUCCAUGUGGUCCCUCUGCUGAAAGCAAUGUGAACUCCUCUACAGUACCAGCAGGAGCCCCCAGGGGUAGCGUGCACGCUGGGCCCCCAGAAAGAGUUGGGAGUUCUUGCUGUGGAGGAUUGCUGAGCUUGGCUGCUGGAACAGAUAGCAGUAAAGCCGCCUGUCAAGCCUUUCACUCUUACCUCAGUGGAACUUCAGUUCUCUUCUUUUCUGAGCCUCGACUGGUGAAAGAGUUUCACUGACUGUGACGCUCUCGACCGGCUAACGGCUGAAGCUCAACUGGUGAAAGAGUAGUUUCACUGACAGUGACACUCUCGACCGGCUAACAGCUAAAGCUCAAGAACUGUAUAUGAUCAUGGGACGCGAGGGACGAGGGAAAGUAAGCUAUCAGCAUCUCAAACUCGGCUGUGUUCAGUUCAAAUUACCAGUGGCAUUCUCUACGACGGGGUAGGCUGCAAUCGGCCAUAUUUGGCCAAGAAAAACCCUCUAUAACCGCAUAGUGACCAUUUUUUAUGUUCUCUGUGCUGAUCUCCCCGCUCAUAUUGUAAUAUUGGUAUAUGAGAUGACCUCUGUUAGUCAUGUUUAGUUCAUUCAUACUUCUCUUUGACCCAACUGUAAUAAUCCCUGAGCUGCACACUUAGAAUUUGUGGUGCUGACAUAUACAGUAUCGCUUGUAUUAAUAUGCUCCUGUCUUGGUGAUGAACAAGUUUAAUGCAAGAAUAUUAAUGUAUUCCAAUAAGACCCCAUUUUGUUUGUUGGGUGCAGAUACAGUGACUUUAUUUACUAACGUAUUCCAAACAGAGAGUUUUCAGUUGCCCUUUUUAUCUUGCAGAAUGACACUGCUAUUUUAAUUUUAGCCUAUCGCAGAGCUGAAUACCACAGAAAAUGGACUUCGCACACGUUAUUGAAAUACAUCCCCAUAACUUUGAUCUGUUUUCCCCUCUAACUCUCUGUCUGUAGUGCCUUUCCAAUACAUUGUCAACUGGCCAAUCACAAGAAGCCUCUUGCCUACGUAUAUAUAUCCCAUACAGUUAAACCACACAUCCAUUUAAGUUAUACAUCCCAUACAGUUAAACCACACAUCCAUUUAAGUUCCCAGGGAUCGAUUCUUGGACCUCUGCAAUGUUGAGUUCUGAACAGCUCUGUCUCCCGACUCUUAAGGCCAUAGAUGUGGGUAACAGAAGUCUCACUGUUACUCACCGUGUUCAUUUCAAUGAAUGAUCCUUACUGUUAUGGAGUCAUUACUUAGGUAACAGGUAGCGUGUCUCCCAAUGAAUGAUCCUUACUGUUAUGGAGUCAUACUUAGCAUGUCUCCCAAUGGAUCUUGGUCAUGCAUAUAGAAAAUUAAAUUGGGGUAAGAUAUAGAUUGCGUAUUAAAGCCAAUAAGUGCUUCAUGUAUUCACUAAUCAAUUAUAGUGUUAUAUUGUAAUAUUCUAAUGAAUGUGUGACAGGUCUAUUCUUAAAUCUGACCAAUUUGAAUUGACAAGGUUGCCAUUUUUCCUAUCCACAUAUAAAGCUACUGUAAUAUAUUCUGUGCUGAUUGAGAUGUUUGGGUGGCUGAUUUGUUAAAUAUGGACACGAGAUUUAGCAUAAGUAGCAUGUAGGGGACGUUGAGAAGAAAAAAACUACAAAAUCUCAACUGAAUUGACCAUUACAUGAAAAAGAACAAAGCUGCAGUCAUAUACCCAGAACCCUUUGUUUGGAAUAUUAGUUUAGGAAUAUAUCAAAAACAAUAUUCAGUGUCAAGUAUGUCGACAGUGUUAUGUCAACAAUGAACACAAGUUAAUUGUGAUAUUAGUGGAACUAACAAAUAUCACCGAAAACACGACAUGUUUUUGUACCAGAUGUUACUUGAAAAAAAAGUUGAAGUAGACAUUUUUUAAAUGAUAAAAAGGUUCAGUGUCAAAUCAUAUAAAAGUUUAUACAUUUGUCAUGCAAAUCAUUUUAAAGCGAGAUUAUGGAUAAAAAGUUACUAAUAAUUUGCAUUAAUCCGCCAUAGGGGCAAUCCCAGACUAAUAAUUUACACUGUUAGGGAGUAACUAGUUACAUGUAACGGAGUUAUAUCAUUAAAUUACAAAAUAAAUGUAAUAGUAAUCAUCAGUUAGAAAAAACAUUCUCAAUUAGUUACUAAUCCAAAUGUUGGGGUUGCAUCCGAAUGUAUUAUUUUCGGUAAAAAGCUUCGUAGCUUAUAUAUAGAAUAUCACAUUCAUUCUGUUGCUUUACACCUUUUCGCCGUGUAGACGGGUUCCAUUCAUUUGGCAGCAUACGUUUUUUGAGCGUUGUUUUUGAUUGGUUCUCUUGUUUGAAUUUGCAC